GACCGUGAUAAUUUGACGUGGCCUGAGAUCAUCAUGUCGGCAAUCCACCGGCGAAUAGCUUCCCCAGGUUUCCUCAGUCGUGCAGGAGCUCGGAAUGCGAUUCUAAGGUCUACUUUCUCUGCUCUUAUCAAGCCUUCGAUGUUAAGUGCUCUCCGCCGAACUUCUCUGAACCCCCUUACCCUCCCUCGCACACGACCAAACUCCCUCCUACUCUAUCGCGCACUCUCGCAGCCCCCGAUGUCUGACCCCGCCUCUUCAUCAUCAGCCGAUGGGCAGCCGGCCUUCUCUAUCUCCCCGAUUCCUCCGAAUCCGCUCGGGGACGGAAAGUAUAUUCGCACUGCGGCUGCGCUCGUCAUCGGAGACGAGAUCCUGAACGGGAAAACCCACGACAGCAACUCGAACUACUUCGCCCGGUAUUGCUUCCAGCAUGGGGUCGAGUUAAAACGCAUCGAAGUCAUCGCGGAUGAUGAGGCACAAAUCGUCGAAGCGAGUCGACGAAUGGUCAAUAAUUACGACUUCGUGAUAACAACUGGAGGAAUCGGCUCUACGCAUGACGACAUCACGUAUGCCUCUCUCGCGAAGGCAUUCGGGCAAGAGCUCGUGCAUCAUCCUGAGACACUGGCGCGGAUGGCGGCACUAUCCCACCAACGCAGAAGGUUCGCAGAGCAAACACCGGAGCAAAAGACCGCAAUGGAACGCAUGGCGCUGUUCCCCGACCGUGCGGAAGUCCUCUUUGUUGCGGGCGAUAUCUGGGUGCCCGUGGUCCGUCUCGAAGGAAAGCUGUGCAGUUUCCCCGGCAUCCCCACCCUCUUCCAGAAGCUCCUGAACGGCUUAACACCGCUACUGCCGCUCCCGCCUGCGUCCGAGCGCCCGAACCGGGUGCAGAUAUUCACUGAACGACCGGAAACGAUGAUCGCGCCGUUCCUCACCGCACUCCAAUCGCGCGUCAACGCCGACAGGAUCCAAGUCGGGUCGUACCCUGUGCUUGGGCAAGGUGUGUUCGUCAGCCUCAUCGGACGGGAUGCCGCGCGGCUUGCGGCGGUGGCGAGGGAGCUCGAGGAGGGCGUCGAUGGGCAUGUCGUCUCGGAGGACGAGAUUGCGUCGCGGAAGGAGGGCAGCUGGAAAAAGGACGCGAGACCCGUCACUCCGGUCGUAGACAAGGCGAAGAUCUAAUCUUCUCAGUUUCCGGAAACCGGUUUUUCUUGUACGAGAUAUUGUGUAUUUUACACCGGUCUGAAAACGGGCUGAUGCACAGCCAUGCGCUAUGAAUCUGAUUUGAAACUCGGAUUUGGGGAUCCACGGUCUCCCCUGAGUUGGCGUAUGAAAGAGCGGUCUGGUGCAUUUCAUGGACGUCACGACUAACGACGAUGUUGCUAACAUAUUAACCAAAGCCUUACAAUCACCCGUCUUCUUCAGGUUCAGAGAGAAGAUGGGGAUGACCCCCACUUGCGAUUGAGGAGUGUUGCGAGUGACGACGCUGGGUCACUUGUAACUGGGCUUGACAAUUGCUGUCAAAUAGACUCACUGGAUUGGCAGGGCCAUAUGGUCGCGGCGAAUCGUCCCACAGGGUUUCUCCUCAAUACGCUCACCCACCGUGACCCACGUACUGAGACACAUGUUUUGUCUAGCUUCUAACCAUUCAUACUCGGCGUCGUCCUCGUUGUCAAGGACCUUGGGAAUGGCAAGGGCCGCGGCGGGAGAACUACCUACUGGUUUAUUGUCAUCUGAAUCGUCUUCGUCACGAUCCGAGGCGCGUCUCUGUUUGCCCUUCUGAGCAGCUUGUUGCUUGCGUGUCCCAAAGUAGCCAUCAGGAUCGUUCAUUGAGGUCCAUUUGUCGGACCUCGAGAUUGGCCAUUAUUCUGCAUGGGAGCGUCCAUGUAGCAGCCUUGUGAGAUCACCAUUAUCUUCCCUUGAGAAUUCAGCUCGGUCGCCAACAUGCCUAUCAGAUUGUUCAAGCAAGUUGCAUCUUACCAAGUGCUUUUAUGAUAACCAUGGUUUGUCUUUGCCUCUCCGCUCUGAUCUCCAAUCGUUCCCCCCCUUGGAUACCUC